AUGGUCUUGAAUGGUAAAACUAUUCCGUUCUCAACAGAGGUCAAAUAUCUGGGGGUAACACUGGACCAGAAACUGACCUGGAACAAGCAUGUGGACGGAACUAUACAAAAGGCUAGAUCAGCCUUGGCAAUAUGCUGUCGUUUAGCAGGCAACCGAUGGGGUCUAAAACCCAAAAUUGCCUUGUGGCUGUACACAGCUAUAGUGAGGCCGAUAGUGUCUUACGCCUCCGUAGCAUGGUACAGGAAAACGACGCAGAAGGCAGCAGUGACGAGGCUUGGCAGCCUGCAAAGAACUGCCUAUGUCAUCGUCACUGGAGCCAUGUCAUCCUCCCCGACGGCAGCCCUAGAGGCCAUACUAAAUCUACCGCCCCUUCACCUGCAUCUGGAAUUGGAGGCGAGAUCUAGUAUGCUUAGAAUAGCGGGCGCGAGGAGAGGUAAUUGGUUAUCGCAAACUCUGAGACUGUUUAAGGAAUCAGUGUACGAUAUUCCUGUUCUUGGGAUGCCGUCCGACACUAUGGCACCCAAAUUUUGUCCACUCAAACUCUACUCAGUGGAACUCCCCAAAAGGGAGGACUGGUCAAACAGUCAAAUUAAGUGGAAAGAAGGAAGCCUGAGGUGGUACACUGAUGGCUCCAAAUCCGGAUCUGAAGUAGGCUGCGGAGUAUAUGGUGAAGCGCCCAGGAAAAGCAUCAGCUUAAACCUAGGGCGUUAUUGCUCUAUAUUCCAGGCAGAGGUAUACGCCAUUAUUGAAUGUGCGUCAAUAAAUCUGCAAAGCAACUACGGCAACCAUACUAUCUAUAUCCAUUCGGAUAGCCAGGCGGCACUCUUAGCCCUAACCUCUGAUGUCACCACAUCGAGGCUGGUUGAGAACUGCAGGCAAUUAUUGAACAACCUUGGAGCCAGGAACAAGGUUGUUCUACGUUGGGUCCCGGGGCAUGCGGGUAUCGUUGGAAACGAAAAGGCCGACGAACUCGCGCGAGCAGGGGCUAAGGGGAAGAACUACAGUCAAUGUCCUAAACAGAGUAAUUUUUACGUCAGUGGUGCACUUGGAGAAUCUUCGCGACAGUAUGUUACAGCGGACGGCGAGAGCGCCCGGCGCUCUCGCUCCAUGUCCAUGUCGUCGCGAAGGUUCUCCGUUAGAAAAUGGCCUAAGUACUUGAAAGAUGCUACGACCCGAACCGGCGAACCAUUCAAAUAA